AUGGAUGUGAUUAGACCGAUAGAACCAAAAGCAUCGAAUGGUCACAGGUUCAUCUUAAUGGCCAUUGAUUAUUUUACAAAGUGGGUGGAAGCAGUAACUUUCAACCACUUAAUGCAAGAGGUAUGCUACCAAUAUAAGAUUGAGCAUCGAAAUUCGACUCUGUAUCGCCCAAAGGCAAAUGGGGCUGUACAAGUUGCUAACAAAAAUAUAAAAAAGAUACUUCGUAAGAUGGUGCAAAGUUCUCGACAAUGGCAUGAAAAGUUGCCUUUUGCUUUUUUGGGUUAUCGCACUACAGUCCUUAUACCUGCAGAGAUUGAGAUCCCAUCUUUACGAAUUUUUUUGGAGGCUGAAAUUGAUGAUGAUGAGUGGAUCAAAACUCGGUUAGAGCAAUUAAGUUUGAUUGUUGAGAAGCGUCUGACAUCAGUAUGUCAUGGACAAUUAUAUCAGAAAAGAAUGGCACGGGCAUACAACAAAAAGGUGCGUCCCAGACAUUUUGAAGAGGGCGAAUUAGUGUUGAGACACAUUUUGCCACAUCAUGCCGAAACCAAUGGAAAAUUUUCUCCAAAUUGGAGAGGACAAUUCGUUGUUAAAAGGGUAUUACCCAAUGGUGCUCUUUACUUAGCAAAUAUAGAAGGAAAAGUGACAGAAACAGUCGUCAAUGUUGAUGCUGUUAACAGAUAUUACAUAUGA